GCGGCGGCGAGCGAGCGCGGGGCCGCGGAGCCGCGAGCGAGCGAGCGCGAGGCCGGAGCCCCGGCCAGGCCCGGCCCGACCGGCCGGCCCGCGAUGCGCUCCGGGGCCGCCCCCCGGCGCAGCUGACGCCGCGGCCCCGCGAGACCCCGCUGGCCCCGGAGGAAGCGCCGCGCCGCCCGCCCAGCGCCCGCGCCGCCCGGCACGAUGGCGGGGAAGGCGGCCGCCCAGGGCACCGCGGUCCUGCUGGUCACGGCCAACGUGGGCUCGCUCUUCGACGAUCCCGAAAACCUACAGAAGAAUUGGCUUCGGGAAUUUUACCAGGUCGUGCACACGCACAAGCCGCACUUCAUGGCCUUGCACUGUCAGGAGUUCGGAGGGAAGAACUACGAGGCCUCCAUGUCCCACGUGGACAAGUUUGUCAAAGAACUACUAUCGAGUGACGCGAUGAAAGAGUAUAACAGGGCUCGAGUCUACCUGGACGAGAACUACAAGUCCCAGGAGCACUUUACGGCACUAGGAAGCUUUUAUUUUCUUCAUGAAUCCUUAAAAAACAUCUACCAGUUUGACUUUAAAGCCAAGAAGUACAAAAAAGUGACCGGCAAAGAGAUCUACUCGGACACGCUGGAGAGCACGCCCAUGCUGGAGAAGGAGAAGUUCCCGCAGGACUACUUCCCCGAGUGCAAGUGGUCCCGGAAGGGCUUCAUCCGGACGAGGUGGUGCAUCGCUGACUGUGCCUUUGACCUGGUGAACAUCCACCUCUUCCACGAUGCUUCCAACUUGGUCGCCUGGGAAACGAGCCCUUCGGUGUACUCGGGCAUCCGGCACAAGGCCCUGGGCUAUGUGCUGGACAGAAUCAUCGAUCAGCGGUUCGAGAAAGCGUCCUACUUCGUGUUCGGCGACUUCAACUUCCGGCUGGACGCCAAGUCUGUGGUGGAGACGCUCUGCACCAAGGCCACCAUGCAGACCGUCCGGGCCGCCGACACCAACGAAGUUGUGAAGUUGAUAUUUCGCGAGUCGGACAACGACCGGAAGGUGAUGCUGCAGCUGGAGAAGAAGCUCUUCAGCUACUUCAACCAGGAGGUUUUCCGAGACAACAACGGCACCGCGCUCUUGGAAUUUGACAAAGAGUUGUCUGUGUUUAAGGACAGGCUGUAUGAACUGGACAUCUCGUUCCCUCCCAGCUACCCGUACAGCGAGGACUCCAGCCGGGCCGCGCAGUACAUGAACACUCGGUGCCCUGCCUGGUGCGACCGCAUCCUCAUGUCCCCAUCCGCCAAGGAGCUGGUGCUGAGGUCGGAGAGCGAGGAGAAGGUUGUCACCUACGACCACAUCGGGCCCAACGUCUGCAUGGGAGACCACAAGCCCGUGUUCCUGGCCUUCCGCAUCGCGCCCGGGGCAGGUAAACCUCACGCACAUGUGCGCAAGUGUUGUGUCGUGCAGUGACGUGGGAAGAGGUGCCAGCGCCACGAGAGGAUCCUCCGCGAGACCUCCCUGUAGCAGCGAACGGAAACGCGGACUCAACAGCUGCAUCGAAACCGCCUGAGCGCCACCUGCUAGAAGGCCGGCCCCACACUUCGCUUCAGCCUCCGGACCAUUCCGGAAAAGCCUCACAUACCUCACUGUCUUGUCUGUUCAUGUGACAUAAGUAGAAACAUUGGGUUUUUAAAAUAAGUCACAGUCCUGUUGCCAAAACUCUAAUAGACAGCAAAGAGAAUCUGCAUCUUAGACUUCGCAGUUGUCAGCUUGUGUGAUUGCCGGCCGAGGGGCUUCUCCGCAGGGAGACCCCGUGAGGCCGGCGCCCCUGCCCGGCGCGGGUGUGCCCGGGGUGGGGGGCAGGGACAGCGCUCCCUCCGGAAGGCCGAGCGGCCGGGCAGAGUGGGCAGGGGCACCCGUCCCCCCGACGCCUCCCCUGGCAUUUUCUCUGCCACGUCACAUGGUUUUGAAUCACACUGCGGCUGCUUUCCAUUUUUAUAAAUAUAAAUAUAUAUAAAUAUAUACUUUUUAAAAAUAAUUUAUAAAUCUUACCAAAACUUAUGCUAAAUAUACUUUCCAGUAUGAAUGCACAAGAGUGUCAUAUCAGCAGGUAGAAGUGGUGUCUAGGAGUUUGGCUGCGUCUGUCCACACAGACCGCCAGCGUGCCUGGCAGCGCCACCCUGGGUAAAAGCCAACCCUACAGCACGUCUACACUAGCAGUUUGUUACUCCUAUGCCUUUUUCUGUGUAACAUUAAGAACUGAAUGUGAAGUUUAUAGCUAGCCUGGGUGUACCUUUUAAGAAUUUUGUAAACCGUUUGUCUUUUGUUACCGUUUCAUGGUGCCAAGUAUUCUACAUUUAAACAAUAAUAUCAUGGGAGAAAUAGAAAUAGCCUAGUCUGCUUCCAAUACAAACUGCUUUUAACAUGGGCUGUAUAUAAAAAUAUUAAAGAGAAACAAAACUGUACAUUUCCUUGGUUGCUCUGCUACAAACAACCUAAGUAAUAACCUUGUUGCAAAUAUUUUUCUCCUAGCACUAAGUACAGCAUUAACAGGUGAUUAGAGAUUCUGUUGAGAAACACAAACGUAUGUUUAUUGGUUUUACUUUAGAACACUACAGAGUUUCUGGACUGGGUGAAGGCGUUAGAUCCAUGUUUGUUUUAUAGAAAUCACUACCAUUGCGGGUGACGUGUCCGCUGGCGGCCGGGCGGACGGCCAGUCGGGCUGUGCGGUGCCGCGGCCCCAGCAGGCGGGUGGGCUGGUGGCGGCUGGUCAUUCGGAGGGCCUUGGAAGUGACCGCUCGGGUUCCUAAGCAAUAAAACCGACCGUGGUGAAAACA